UUAUCUUAAGUUUUUAUCGAUAAUUAUUGUUACUGUAAUACGAGGUCGUGGAGUUUAUAAUUGUAGUAUAUUUAAUUAAGUUAAAACUACACCUUGAUGUUUUCUUUAUAGUUUCAUUUAGAAGUAAUAAUCUUUAUAAACUCAAUUCAUCUUCAAUUCUUCAGAUAUUAGAACUGUAUUUGUUUCAUUACAACAUAAGUAUUUUUGGCCAUUAAGCAUAAGUGUAAAAUUUGCAACCACAAUGUAUAAGCCUAAAGUAUUGUUAACACACCAUAAUUUUCCUCAAAGUGCAAUAGAAUUACUGUCAGAAAAGUUUGAUGUUGAGUUAUGCCCAACUGAAGCUUCUAAACCCAAUCAACAAGAUAUUAUUAAUAAUAUACCAGGAAAAUUUGCGAUAUUUUGUUGUUCUCCUAUUAAGAUUAAUGAGGACUUAUUAAAAGCUGCUGGUCCAAGUCUUAAAGUAGUUGGAACUAUGUCAGUUGGCUAUGAUCAUAUAGACCUAGAAGCGUUAAAAAAGUAUGGAGUACGUUUAGGUAAUACACCAGAUGUUUUGACAGAAGCUGUUGCUGAAAUAGCUGUUGGAUUACUUAUAACAACUACAAGACGAUUUUUUGAAGCAAAUCAUGAGUUGAAAAUAGGUAAUUGGAAGACAUUUUCACCUGAUUGGAUGUGUGGACAUGGAAUAAAAGACUCAGUUAUUGGCAUUAUUGGCUGUGGAAAUAUUGGAACAUCAAUAGCUGAAAAAUUACACAAAUUCAAUGCAGCAGAAAUAAUAUAUACAAGCCGAAGCGAAAAAUCAGCAAUGAAAGCUAUUGGAGGGAAAUUAGUCAAUGUUGACGAACUUGUAAGAAAAUCCGAUUUCGUUAUUUUGUCUGUUGCAUUAACUCCAGAAACUAAAUUUAUCAUAAAUAAAGAACGCUUAUCCAAAAUGAAAUCAAAUGCAGUUUUGGUAAACAUUGGUAGAGGAGAUCUCAUAGACCAAAAUGCCCUAAUUGAAGCUCUUAAAGAAAAAAGAAUUAGAGGUGCUGGUUUAGAUGUAAUGACGCCAGAACCACUCCCACUUGAUAGUCCUUUGAUGAAUUUGGAUAAUGUUGUUUUGUUACCUCAUAUUGGAAGUGCUACUAUUGAAACUCGAAUAGAUAUGGCAGAACUUACAGCUAGAAAUAUAUUAGCUGUUUUGGAAAACAAAACAAUGCCUUGUGAAGUAAAAUUUUAAUUGUACUUUAAUAAAAAAAUAAUUAAUAUAAUUUUAUUGUGUCAUAUAUAAUUAUUUUAUGUAUUUUUAAUAUUUUAGUUUUCACUGUAGAAAUUUAUUUUAUUUUAUAGAACUAUAAACAGCUAUAUUUAUAACACGAGUUACAUAUGAUAGUAAAUAUUAUAAAGAUGAA